AAAUAAUAGAUGCAAUAAGAAUUGACAGAGCUGAAAAAUCUAAUAAUGUAAACUUUAGAAACAAAUGGUUAAUUGGCAAAAAUUAGAGCAUCAAUUAGAGCCUCAGUUUUUAAUGUAGUUGAUCCUCAGGACAACCUUUAAAAAAUGUCUCCAUUUUAUACCGAAAAUAAACGAAUUCAGUCAAUAAAAGAGCUAGAAACAGGUCGAGAAUUGCUUGAACUAAUAAAAGAAUUUUUAAAAUUUUAUGAAAUGAGUUAUACAAACUCUAUUUUUUCAAGGUAUUGAUUAAACAAAAAAAUUAGUGAAGCUAAUCUCAGGGAAGAAAUUAAUAGAGAUUCAAUUGCUAAAAGAUUAAAUUUAACAAUAGAAGACAAAAAAAAACCUCUACUUCAUUUGAUAUUAGUACAAGCUUAAAAGAAUUCAAAGUUGCAAUAGUCAUAAAGCACAAAAACAUUUGGUAGUGCGAUUACAAGUCAAGAAAUGUUUUCCCCUUAAAAAAGUGUCUCUUCUUUAAAAUCAAAAAGUAAACCUUUAAUUGGUCUUUCUCAAUAAGAGUUUUUAAAGAAAUAGAGUCUUUAAUAAGUGUAAGAGAUGAAAAGAAUGUAAAAUGAGAUCUAGAAAAAGCAAAGAGAGGAGCUUUACCAUAAUGAAGUUAUGUAGAAAGAAAGAUAAAAAAGAGAAAGAGAACAAAAUUAAAUUCAAGAGGAAAGAAACAAAUUAGAAAAAUAGAAUAUAGAAUAGAUAAAAAUGGAUUAAGAACUAAAAUAAAAAAGUUUGGAUAUUGAAUUUUAACGAUAAGCAUAAUUAAAUUAAGAAUCUGAAUUAAAAUAACAACAAUUAGAGCUAUAAAAAAAAUUAAUAGAUUAAUAGCAUCUAGCUUUAGAAAUUUAAGAAAACAAAUUAAUGGAAUAGUUAGAGGAAAAAAAAAUACAAGAGUCCUAAAAAUUAAAAAAUAUUGAAAAAAAUGUGAAAGAAAUGGAAGAAAAAUUGAAUGGUAUACUUAGAGAGUAAACUAAAAGUUCAAAUGAACUCAAAUUAAUUUAAGAAUAAAUUUUAAUUGAAAAUAAUAGUCUGAAGUUAUUGACUGAGAAAAUUGAAAAGGAUGAAAUAAAUUUAUAAAAAUUAAAGCAAGAAAUUGUUAUAUAAUAAGAGAUUAAAUAGAAAUUCGAUAAUGAAUAGAAUAUUGUUAAAUAAGAGAUAAUAAAAUAUUAAAAUGAAAAAAAUAUAAUAUAAGAAUAGUUAGAAGAAAUAAGAAAAUAAUUAAAAGAAGAAGAAUAGAGGUUUUAGUAUUUGAAAUAAAAUAAGAAUUAAGAGAUAUGUGAAUUGGAAGAAAAGUUCAAAUAAUUUUAAUUUGAUAAAAAUGAAUUAGAUAACAAUCGAACUUAUUUAAAUAUUUAAUAAAAAGAGAUACAGACAUAAAUUGAUCUAAGUUAUAAAUUAAAAGAAGAAAUUUCAGUAGAAUAAUAAAAAUUGAAAAAUGAAAAAGAAAAGUAAUAAUUAUAAAUAGAAUAAAUAUAAAAAGAAAAUGAAGAAUUGAAAAAAGAGAGAGAACUUUUGCAGAAAUAAAUAGAGGAUCUUUAAAUUAAAUUGAAUGAAGCUUAGUAAGAAAUUGACAUUUGCAGGGGUGAAAUGCUUUCAAUGUAUAAUAAACCACAAGUUGAAGAGGAAACUUUUUAAUCAGGAGUAAUAUAGGUAAUAAAUAAUAAUAAAAUAUUAAGAAAGGGAGUGAAGUAGAUGCAAAGGCAACAGCAGAUUAAAAUUUGAAAAUAAGGAUAGAAGAAAGAGAAUAUUUUGAAGAUAAGGAGCCAAAAGAAUAUUGUUACAAUUUGUUAGACGAAUAUGAAUAUUGA